GUCUAACCCUUGCAGCAUGACUCUCACCGCCCCGCCGCACUUGGACCUCACCCCAUAUGGUCGCCAAGAAUCAGAUUCCGGGGAGAUGGUGGUUGGACCAGCUAGAGGAAUUAUCUUUGAUGAAACCGGUAAGGAGUUAUCGAAAACUAGCUGCUGGUGGGAGAGGCUGGGGUUGCCAAACCAAAAUGAAGGUCAAGCAAAUGCUUCACCAAACCAUAGAUCUGUUGUACUCUAAUGGACCAACUUCUGUUAAUGAUUACACUCGUCUUGUGCUUCAUUGUGCUCGAGCCAAUGACUUCAUUCAAGCAAAGCGACUGCAGUCUCACAUGGAACUUCACCUUUUUCAACCCAAAGAUUCCUUCAUCCACAACCAACUCAUCCAUUUGUAUGCCAAACUGGGCAAGCUCGCAGAUGCUCAAAACGUGUUUGAUAACAUGACUAAGAGAGAUGUUUAUUCUUGGAAUGCCUUGCUUUCUGCUUAUGCAAAGAUGGGCACGGCUGAGAAUUUACAUGUUGUCUUUGAUCAAAUGCCUUAUCGCGAUUCUAUUUCAUAUAACACAUUAAUUGCAUAUUUUGCUAGUAAUGGACAUUCAGGCAAAGCAUUAGAAGUUCUUACGAGAAUGCAGGAAGAGGGGUUUCAGCCUACCCAUCACUCCUAUGUGAAGGCAUUGCAAGCAUGUUCUCAGCUUUUGGAUUUGAGGCAUGGGAAACAGAUUCAUGGAAAGAUUGUUGUUACUGAUUUGGAAGGAAAUACUUUUGUAAGGAAUGCUGUGACUGAUAUGUAUGCCAGAUGUGGUGAUAUAGAUAGGGCACGGUGGUUGUUUGAUCAAAUGAUUAAUAAAAAUGUUGUUUCAUGGAAUCUCAUGAUCUCUCGGUAUGUAAAAAUGGGAAAACCUGGUGAGUGCAUACAUUUGUUUGGUGAAAUGCAGUUGUCAGCUUUGAAACCUGACGUAGUAACAGUUUCAAAUGUUCUCAAUGCUUACUUUCAAUGUGGACGUGUAGAAGAUGCAAGAAAUAUAUUUAGCAAAUUACCGAAUAAAGAUGAAAUUUCUUGGACAACCAUGAUAGUUGGUUAUGCUCAAAAUGGAAGAGAGGAGGAUGCUUUGAUGUUGUUUGGGGACAUGCUACGUAGAAAUGUUAAACUUGACUGUUACACCAUUUCUAGUGUGAUUUGCUCCUGUGCUAAACUAGCUUCGUUGUACCAUGGUCAAGUUGUCCACGGAAAAGUAAUUUUAGUGGGCGUUGAGAAUGACAUGCUUGUAUCAAGUGCCCUUGUUGAUAUGUACUCCAAAUGUGGAAUCACUUUGGCUGCCUGGGUCGUUUUUGAAACUAUGCCUAUUAGGAAUGUCGUCACUUGGAAUGCCAUGAUUCUGGGUUAUGCACAAAAUGGACAGGUUCCUGAGGCCUUGGCUUUGUUUGAAAGAAUGCAACAAGAAAAUUUCAAACCUGAUAGUAUUACUUUUGUGGCUGUCUUAUCUGCUUGUAUCAAUGCUGAUAUGGUAAAAGAAGGACAGAAAUAUUUUGAUUCUAUUAGUGCACAAGGAAUGACACCCACAUUGGAUCACUAUGCAUGUAUGGUCACUCUCCUUGGUAGGUCAGGUAGAAUUGAUAAAGCAGUGGAUCUAAUUCAAGGUAUGCCUCACGAACCAAGUUGCCGUAUUUGGUCCACGUUACUAUCUGUUUGUACCAAAGCUGACCUAAAGAGUGCAGAGUUGGCAGCUAAUCAUCUCUUUAAAUUGGAUCCACAUAAUGCUGGACCUUACAUAAUGCUUUCCAAUUUGUAUGCUGCUUGCGGAAGAUGGAAAGAUGUAGCUGUUGUAAGAUCUCUCAUGAAGGAAAAGAGUGCAAAGAAGCUUGCGGCCUACAGUUGGGUUGAGGUUGGGAAUGAAGUCCACAGAUUUGUUUCAGAAGAUCACUCUCAUCCAGAAGUGGGAAAAAUCUAUGGAGAAUUGAACAGAUUGAUCACAAUAUUUCGACAAAUUGGUUAUAAUCCUGAUAUAAACAUUGUCCUACACAAUGUGGGAGAGGAAGAAAAAUUUAGAUCCAUUUCCUACCACAGUGAGAAACUUGCUCUUGCAUUUGCUUUAAUUAGAAAGCCCAAUGGGAUUGCACCAAUACGGAUCAUAAAGAACAUACGUGUCUGUGAUGACUGCCAUGUAUUUAUGAAGUUUGCAUCAGUUACUAUAGGGCGACCAAUCAUUAUGAGAGAUUCAAACAGGUUUCAUCAUUUCUUUGAUGGGAAGUGUUCUUGCAAGGACAAUUGGAAACUCUUGCGGUUCCAUCACCUUCAAUUUUUCUUACAGUUGUUUGUUUCUUAGUAGGGAUGAACAUAACAGUCAGCACCACCUGAAUGCGAUUGGAUCUUAAAUCUUAAGUUGUCAUCUCUAGUAUCAAUGCCUGAAUUCAUUGAUACGCCUGCUUUCGUAAUCUCCACCAAGGGUUCUAUGCAUUUGACUUUUGCGAUAGGUCCUGUCCCUCUUAACUAAGAUGUGGUACAGGAAGCUCUUUCAUGGUAAGUAGUGCUUAAAUUGGUUUCAAUUUUGAGUAUCAUUCUUAAAUAAUUAUUGGGUCAUUAUUCUUGUUGUUAGAUUUAUUAUCUUUAUUUUAUAUUUAUCUUUUAUCUUUAGUUAAUCUGUUCAUAUUUCUUCUAUUAUAAAUAGAGGACCCUAUAUGUAUUUUCAACACAAGAGAGAUUAAAAUACACAUAGUUGUCCCUAUAAAACCCUAAAUACAUUAUUGCAAACCCUGAGAGAUUGAAGCUGCUGCAUCAAACUUUCCACCCCUGCCGCUGCCGUCAGUGCAGGUCGCUUCCAGCACUGCCAGCUUCUCCGUCUUCGACUACUCUCCCUCUUUUCAAGUAUACUUUUUAGCUUUGUUUCACGUUCAGUAUCGUAUAUUGCUCUGUUCUAGUUACUCCGUAUUGACCUAGUUGGAUUUCAUUGUCAAAUUCUUCUGAUCGUGAGCAUGGAAAACAAAAACUAAUCUGCACAAAUCCAUGCUUUUGUUGGAAUCUCUGAAUUAGAUAAAUGAUGUGGAGGAAUAGGUUUUAGUUAUUCUAUGUUUCUCAUAAAAUUGUGAAGGAUUUGAAAAGGAAGUGAAAUUGAACAAUGUUAACGUGUGGCUCCUUAGUUAAGAGUAAGUGUCCUUUAGUAUAAAGGAGAAUAAUCCAAUCAGUUGAUAAGGAGGUUUGGAGCACCUGAUCAGUUAUAUUUUCUUGCAAACUGUGAAAUUUUGUUCUGUUUCGGAAUUUUCUGCUCAUCAUAGCUGUGUGAAGUUGCCUGCAGAUGCUAUUUUAUACUAGGAAAUAUCAGCUAUUGCGAACUAUUUGUGAUUGAUAAUUAUGCUGCUCAUAACUAGAAGUGGAGAAAUAGACAAUUGUUUGCCUUUUUGUAUGUUUUAAAUAAACUUAUUUUGGGUUGCUUUUUGAACAGGUGCAGAAUGGUGUCGAAUCAGACUACCAUGGAAAUUGAGACUGGGGCAUCUGAAGCCAAAGUAUUGCCACCGAAGCCAAAGUUUGAGGCGUUGAAGCCUCAUGAGAUGUCUGAUGGACAGAUUCAGUUCCGGAAGGUGAAUGUUCCACCUCAUCGUUAUACCCCUCUCAAGAAAGCUUGGAUGGAUAUCUAUACUCCCAUUUUUGAACAGAUGAAAAUUGAUGUGCGCAUGAAUUUGAAGGCUCGUAGAGUUGAGCUGAAGACAAGGGCCGACACACCUGAUAUUAGUAACCUGCAAAAAUGUGCUGAUUUUGUCCAUGCUUUCAUGCUGGGUUUUGAUGUCAUAGAUGCCAUCGCUCUUCUGCGUCUGGAUGAGCUCUACGUUGAGUCUUUUGAGAUCAAGGAUGUUAAAACACUUAGAGGCGACCACUUGUCUCGUGCAAUUGGAAGGUUAUCUGGCAAAGGUGGUAAAACAAAGUUUGCAAUUGAGAACGCAUCUAAGACAAGAAUCGUGAUUGCUGACACCAAAAUUCACAUAUUGGGAUCUUUUGCCAACAUAAAGAUUGCCAGGGAUUCUCUUUGUAGCCUGAUUCUCGGAUCACCAGCAGGAAAGGUGUAUUCAAAACUAAGAGCAGUUACUGCUAGAUUGGCAGAAAGGUUUUGAUCCUCUCUUAUUCAUGCCAUUAUAGGAUUAUUUUCUUGUUCCCUUAGAUUCUUUUUUAUAACUAUCUAGUUUGUUGAGGAUGAUAUUGUGAUGAAAAUCUUCAUUCAGUUCAGCUAUCCAAGUCCAAAUCAAUCAUUGUUGUGAGUGUAAAGCAUACUGUUUAAGUAAAGUUUUGUCCGUGAUCAUGAAUACAUUGGUACAAAUUAGCGUCAUUUAUGAAUGUAUACUGAUCGAUUGUUACAGAAAA